CUCUCAGUCUUUACUUCUUCGCUGAAAUUCAGAUUCUGGAAACUGCAACAAGAAAUCUCCUGAAAAAAUAAAAAAAAUAGAAAAUUCGAAAGAAAUUUUAAUAAAUAAGCAGAAAAAGAAAGAGUAAUUAACUCACCAGAUGCAACCCGUAGGUGGUGGUGGAAGCAGUGAACUGAGUCGAAGCGGUGGCGGUGGACUCGCCCGGUACCGUUCAGCUCCGGCGACCUGGUUAGAAGCCCUACUCGAAUCCGACGAAGAACCUUCCGAGGUUGUUUUAGACCCACCUUUAUUGUCAUCCUCUAAACCGCCAACAGUUCCACCGCACUCCGCCACUGUCACCGGCACCACCACUAGCCGUUUAGACACUGAUCUAAGCUUAUUGGAAACCCUAAGUGGUGGGCCGUCCCAUGGGUUGAGCAAUUUUCUGAGGCAAAGCAGUUCUCCGGCGGAGUUUUUAUCCCAAAUUAAUUCCGAUGGCUAUAUUUCGAGUUUUGGGAUUCCUGAUUAUACAUCGCCUUCAUCAGUAAAUGUUUCUUCGGGGAAGUGGGCUUUUGACGCUGAGGAUGCAGACAAGAGUACCAAAUUAUCUUCUUCUUCUUCUCAGCAGAGAGGAGAGAAAGGUGGGCUUUUACGCAGUGGCCUGAGUGGGUCAUUUGAUGCUGAAACAGAAAAGCUUUUGGAGGACUCUGUCAUGUGUAGGACUCGAGCAAAGCGUGGCUGUGCUACCCAUCCACGCAGCAUUGCCGAGAGGGUGCGGAGAACACGAAUUAGUGACCGCAUAAGGAAGCUUCAAGAACUUGUUCCCAAUAUGGAUAAGCAAACUAACACAGCUGACAUGUUAGAUGAAGCUGUAGCAUAUGUCAAGUUCUUGCAAAACCAGAUCCAGGAACUCCUGGAGCAUCAAAAGAACUGCAAAUGCUCAAUACAAGAUUGAAGGGAGGAAUGAGCAGGAAGAUGGAAUUCACAUGCAUGCAAUUAAUUAGGCCGAUCUAGGAAUUCAUCUGAGCUAGGAUGAUGCUCAACGAUCGCUUGUGUGGCGGCCCAAUUUAUGGGAAAUUUUUUGGCUGACAGAGUCAGCAUAGGUGACUGCUAUGGCUCGUAGUGUGCUGGCUCCGUCACUCUUGUGACACGGUUUUUCUGACUUGGUGCCAUGACGUGUCUUAAAUGUUGCCUUCGUAUUACAAAAUACAAGCAAACCAACCCCAAAAUAAAAAUGUGUUCGGACUCAUUGAGGUACAUCAUCUAGUUUUAACUGUCUAACAAAUUGUUCUAAAACAAUGGAAUUCUAUUAUGAGUUUGUCUUACGAAGAUAAAAGAGCUAUACAUGAGAAGAGCGAACACCUACUACUUGAUCUAAAUGAAUCCCAAGCUUAGUAUUUCGAACAUGGGAAAUGGCCUGUGUACAGGGAGUUUUGCACAGAUGUUCUACAGGUUAGACACAUGGGGUGGAUCUUAUGUGAAUAUUUUAUUGUAAUGGACUCCAUUGUUGUGAGUAUUCAAUAAAAUAUCUGUAAAAAAUUUUCCUGUAAGUGUA